CUGCAUCUACGGCGACUAUCGCGGCAGCACGCGCCGUGUACCACGAGACCGACCCAAAGACCUUCGCGACCCAACCUCACCCUAAUCUAUCUCCGCGUCGUGCCGUCUCUAACCUCUCACACCGAGCGCUGCUUUAUUCAGGGGGAUUCCCUGACGCGUCGCGUGCUCUCUCUUUCUCUCUCACUCUCUCUUUCUCAUACCACUUAACCUAAUCGUAACUUUGUCAAAGACAGUCCACCACGUGUCUUCCAUCAUUUUUUUUUAAAUCCCUGAUUAACGCUACUUUAUUUUUUUUUCCUUUUUCUCACUGUGGCAUUUUUUUUUUUUAUUAUUUCUUUUCUCCAAUUGUGAUAUUUUUCUAAUUUCGAAAAAAAAUUUUUCCUUUUUUUUUUUUUGUUUCAAUGAUUUUUGGAGGACAAUUUGAUGUAAAUUAUUGGUGAAAGUGACUCGUGACGUGAUCGAGUGAAUACACCGGUUGGUUUACCACUCGAUGACAAGCGGUAUAACCGCGAUGUAAUUGCUCGUUCGACAAGAACGAGGUGCGCUCGCGCGUUAGCGCGUCGCCGCAGUAAAUUAACGUCACAGUCGCAAACAUUUUGGAAAUAAAAAAAAAAAAAAAAAAACGGGUGGGGGAUAAUUGAUCCGUUUUUUUCGAUUUUUGAAAUUUCUUUUUCUUACUAAUUAAAUUAUUAUAGGCAAUUUUAUACUCUUUUCCCUUAAGACUAAAACGAUUUUCAAUAAAAGAAAAAAUAUCAUUAGGUAUUAAAAAAAAAAAAAAAAGUGAAAUAUUAAAAAGUGGGCGAAUAAAUAAACGUAUCAUGAGCGACGGAAUUGUCGGUGCAAUAACAAUCAGUUUGUUCGGAGGUGAGAAGAAGAGGAGGGAGAGCAUGGAUGCUGGAUACUCGAUGCUGAGUGGCGAUCUCGACGUCUCCAGGAUGUUCGACCAGUACACUUACAAGAGAAGUGACAACAUCGACUUGUCUCUAAGCGUACCGCAGCACCAUCAGACGUCGUAUCAUCACGACGGAUACAAUAUGACUGAUCAGACUUUUCACACGCCAAGUUUCGGCGAUGAGGAUUUUGACAUCCCUUCGAUCCACACGCACUCGCAUCAACAACAUCAACAACAGCAGCAACAUCAUCAACAGCACGACCCAAUGCACGCUUAUCAAUCACAGAUGAUGCCAAAUGGCGGAAUGCAGCAGUCGCCAGAUGGAUUGAGUUUGGAUCCCGGCGGAUAUCAGCAACCGCUUUACCUACAGCAGGAACACUCUAUGCAACCAAUUAGCGUUAGUUCGGCAUACAACAGUCCUCAAGGAUCGUAUUCAACAAUGAAUUCACCGGGACAACAGCACAGUAAUCAACAGUUGCUUUUGUUGCAACAACAACACAAUCAACAGCAGCAGCAGCAACAACAACAACAGCAGCAGCAACAGAUGCAACAACAACAAAUGCAAUAUAUGCAUUCACAACAGCAGCAACAACAAGCGCAGAUGCAACAACAACAACAACAACAACAAAUGCAUUUCACCUCGCAUCGAGGUUCUGCGGGACCAAGUCCAUCAACAAUGCCAAACGCUCUUCCGGAGAACAAUAAUACUACAACCAGUGAAGACAGCGACGAUAGCACACCUCAUUCCGCAAUGAUGGCAGGAAUCAAACGACCAUCGCCAGAACCUGCCGAUGCAACGACUAAGGCACAGAAGAAGCCGAAAGCCCAAAAGAAAAGGAAGAAGAAAGAUCCCAAUGAGCCGCCAAAGCCAGUUUCUGCUUACGCACUUUUCUUCAGGGACACUCAAGCAGCAAUUAAGGGACAAAAUCCAAAUGCAAGUUUCGGUGAGGUUUCCAAAAUUGUCGCCUCCAUGUGGGAUGCACUUGACACCGAACACAAAGACGUUUAUAAAAAGAAGACAGAGGCAGCGAAAAAGGAAUAUUUAAAAGCCCUGGCAGCUUAUAGGGCCUCAUUGGUCAGUAAGGGUGCAACUGAUAAUGAACAACAACCACAACAACAGCAACAACAACCCCAACCACAAACUGUUCCAUAUGGAGUUGUUCCAUAUUCAGCAUAUGGAGGAAAUACACAACCAGGAAAUGUUGCUUAUCAAGUUUACAGUCCACAACCACAGCCACCUUCACCCCAACAACAACAUCAACAACAACAACAACAGCAUCAACAACAAAUGGGCAUUAAAAAAUCCCCCCUUCAUCUCGCUCAAAUGCAAGGCAAUCAACAGCAACAACAGGCUUUAAUGGGAAAUCCAAUGGCACCACCUCACAUGACGCAGCAACACAUGCAGCAACAAGUCUCGCAACAACAAUAUAUGCAGCAGGUUUCUCAGCAACAGGUGCAACCAGUACAGGUUCAACAACAACAAAUAAUGCACAUGAGCCCACCGAGAAAUGACAUGAAACAGGAUUUAUCAAGUCCACCACCUGUUAAUUCAUCACAAGCAGCAAUGGUUGCUCAAAGGGCACCAUCAAACACUUGUAUUCGUCAUGGUUGCCCAAAUCCAGCAGUUGCCAAUACCGAAUGGGAAGAUGAAUAUUGCAGUAAUGAGUGCGUGGUCAGCCACUGCAGGUUUGUAGACGUUUUCACAACUUGGGUCUCGACAAAUCAACAACAGAAUUUUUCAACUGUAAAAUAGAACAAGUCAAUUGUCAAUUGGUAAAAUCUAAAACACACAAUUCGACUGUGAAAUGGAAAUGAAAAGAAAAAAAAAAAAAAAAAAGCAACAAUGAUCGCUUCGAAACUGAGAAUCAGAAACUAUUCCAUUUCGGUUUCAUUUUUGGGAGAGAUGAGAGGUUCAUAGUAACUUGUCAUGUAUUUAUUGACCCCUUCUUCUUAAUCCAAAUUCUACACACCAAGAUUUUUAUUGACGAAGCGACAAUUUUCCGAAAUAACGAUGUCGCGUUUUUAAAUAAUCGCGUCAUCAAUUAUUUUUUUUUUUUUUCAAGAGAAUGUCGAAUGCUCCGAGAGUGUGAGAGAAAGAGAGAUAGCGAGAGAUCCGUUGGAACUGAGGAUUAAAAGUACAAGUAAUAAAAAAAAAGAGAGAAAGAAUGACGUAUUGCAUGUAAAUAAAUACGACGGCGUAUGACGAAUACUUUGUAUUUUAUUUUUUAUUUUUUUUUCUGUUUUUUUUUUUGUUUGUUUCCGUGAAAGUGAGAGCAACAAUUUUUUGGACAUGCAGAAAGGAAGUUGUAGAAUAAAAAGAAAAAAAAAAAAUGAGAACAAAAACUUGCAUUCGGCAGUGCCAUGGCUGGUUGUUUCACACUUCACACUUUGAAAACUUAGCUAGGAAUAUAAACGAAUCUAUACAUACAAUAUAAAUAAAUAUAUAAAUAAAGAUAAAUAAUUAUAUAUAAAUAUAUAAUUAAAAAAAAAAAAAACCGAGUUGCGAUCACAAAUAGUGACCCGUCGUUAAACCCUGCGAACUCGGCGCAAAAUAUGCAGUAUUCUAUUUAAUCCGAAAAAAAAACUUAACGAAGAGCUAAAAGAAAACUAGUCCAACUUUGAGAAUUCGAGAAAAAAUGACAAUUUCAAUGUGUCUAUCCAUUAAUCAUCAUUUUAAUUUCAAUUUUAAUGAAUUUCAUUGUUGGAAGUUUAUAGAUUACUUCGAAGAUGAUAAAAAAAAAGAAAGAAGAAGAAGAAUAAGAAAUAUGCAACAGGGCUCCACUUAUUUUUACAUCAUUUCUACUGGCAUUCAAUUCGUGUAAUAAUCAAACUAGUUCGACAAUUUGGUAUAUCGACGGUUUUAAAUAAAUGAUAUCGAAUCAUUUUAACUGAGAUAUAAAAAAUAUAUUUGUUUAAUUAGAAAAUACAACACUUUACGCUUUCUUAAGUGGAAAAAUUUUAUUUCCUUUUCUCCUUUAUUAUAUAUCAUAGUUAAUCCCGUUUUUUUUUUUUUUUUUUUUUUUUGUUUCGUUAAAGAUCGAGGAAGCGCAGAGAGUUUUAAUUUUGAAUAUAAAUUAUUUAAGUUGAUACAAAGAGAAUUUCAUAGUUUUUAAAAAGAAAAAAAAAAGAUUUUAAUAUUAAAAAAAAAAAGCAAGCGAGGUAUUUAAACAGCGUGUUUUGUUAUUUUUAAAGAUUUAGUAAACCAAUUUGGGCUCUGAAAUUAUCGUAAACAGUAUGUAUCGUUAAGAAAUGAAAUGUUUCGCGUUCUUAGCAAGUGCUGAUGAAAAGAAUGAAAUUUUCUUUUAUAAAAGCAUAAAUUUUUUUACAUAUUUGAAUGUUUUAUUUUAAUUUGUUUUUUUUUUUUUUUUUGAUGAUGUUAUUUAGCACUUGUUGAGAACGUUUCAAGAUUUUUUAAUCGUUUGUUUUUUGAUAUUCUUAUGUAAAUAUCUAAAUAUAUUCUAUAGAUUUAUAGGUUUUAUUGUAAACAUAAUCAAUACUGUAUUAUAUUGAUAACGAUUUGUGGUAUAUUAAUAUACUAUAUAUGUACAACUAUAGAAUGCAGCAGGAAUAUUUGCAUUUGGCUGGUGCUAUUUAAAAAAAAAAAAAACAAAAAAAAAUUGCUGAAAUCGUGUAGAAUCAAGAAUGAAAAAAGUUUUGCCAAACACGAGUGUUUAUAACAUUUCAAGAUUUCUUUGAAAAAGAAUGCAAUAUAAUCGAGAGGAAAAAAAAAAUAGUUUGGCAUCUUUUUUUUGUGCAUUAUAACGAAACGAACAGCGUUUUUUACAGAUCUGAUCUUUAAGUAAUCCCGCUGUAUCCUAUAAUUAUAAAAAAAAAAAUAUUAUAAUUUAAAAUAAAUAUUAAGAUAUUACUCAAACAAAAUACAGAAAACACGCGAAUCCCUUAUUCCCCUCGACAUUGUCUUGUUCUCACGACACGAAAAAAAAAAAAUGCGACACGAUUUUACAAUAAAUAUUCAUAAUUGCAUAAACCUAUAUUAAAAAGAAUUAAAUCUAGAAACUAUCCAGCGUAUAUAGUAGUAAUAGCACUACACAUCAAAUGCUAAUAUAUGAUGGUGAUUUGCAAUGAAUUUACGUUCGUUUUUUAUUGUUUUCUGUAAAAAGACUUAAUUAAACAAUUUCAGUCCCA